AUGUUUGAUGAGGAGAAGGGAGGAGUUGCUACGGCCGAAAGACCCACACUGGGAAGUGAUGGACAACGACUUGCUGCUGCUGCACCGCCGCCGGCUUUCGACCCAAGAGAGAAUCCUGAUGGUGGGUUUGAUGCAUGGUUGGUCGUUUUGGGUGCAUUCUGCUGCAUGUUUUGCAGUUUCGGGUGGAUCAAUUGUAUCGGAGUCUUCCAAGAAUACUAUGAGACACAUCAACUACAAGGUUACAGCCCGAGUACAGUAUCAUGGAUCCCAUCUAUGGAGACUUUUUUGAUGUUCUUCUUGGGACCAUUCAUUGGCUACUUCUUCGACUGUUACGGUCCUAGAUACAUCUUGCUUACAGGAACUUGCCUCCAUGUCUUUGGUAUCAUGAUGGCGAGUCUUGCUUCAGACUACUACCAGAUCAUGCUGUCUCAAGGCAUUUGUAGUGCUGCUGGAGCAAGCAUGUGCUUCUAUCCAGCAAUGAGUGUAAUGCCUACCUGGUUCUUCAAGAAACGUGCCGCUGCCUUUGGCAUCAUGGCCGCCGGAUCCUCAACAGGCGGUGUCAUCUUCCCAAUCAUGGUCAACAGAUUGAUCCCUAGAAUUGGAUUUGGCUGGACCAUGCGCGUCUGUGGGUUCCUCAUCCUCGCCCUCAUGGUCGUCGCCAACGUUACCGUAAGAUCGCGCCUUCCUCCUCGACCCAAGCCCUUCCACAUCAUGCACUUCAUCCGCCCACUCAAGGAGACACCAUACCUGCUCACCGUGCUCGGAAGUUUCUUCUUCUUCUUCGCCAUGUUCUUGCCGAUCAACUAUAUCAUUCUCCAAGCAGAGACUUUGGGCAUGUCAUCCAGGCUCGCCGAGUAUCUGAUUCCGAUCUUGAAUGGCGCUUCCUUCUUCGGCCGUGUGUUACCUGGAGUCGCAGCCGACAAGAUCGGCCGCUACAAUGUCAUGACCAUCAUGAUGGCCUUUGCCGGUAUUCUCGUCCUCGCUCUCUGGCUCCCCGCUGCCUCAAACGCUCCCAUUAUCAUUUUUGCCGCUCUGUAUGGUUUCGGUAGUGGAUCCUUCGUCUCCCUCGCUCCUUCUCUAGUUGCCCAGAUCUCUGAUGUCAGGGAGAUUGGAGUGAGAAAUGGAACGGUGUUUGCCAUCAUCUCUUUUGCAGCACUGUGCAGUAACCCUAUCGGAGGAGCGCUGAUUACACGAUGGGAUGGCGCGUAUACCGGUCUCCAGAUCUUUGGAGGCAUCAUGGCUUUGGCGGGUGCUUGUACGAUUCUGGCAGCGAGGAUCGUGUUGGCUGGGGCUAAGCUUACAGCAAAGGUAUAG